GCUCCAUCUCCUCAGUCCAAACCGAGACAUGGAGGAAACGGCAGGAGCAGCUCUGAUCAGCCUGCAUCUCCUCGGUCUAAACCGAAACACGAGGCGAGCAGCAGGAGCGGUCACUCCAGCAGCUCCCCUCCACAGUACAAACUCCACAGCUUCAGCCUCCUCAACUACGACAAGGAGCGGCUGGAGAGGAAGAUUACAGAGUACAGAAAGAACAAGCGGGAAACCCCGUCUGACCUCAUCCAUCAGCACCAAGAGGUCACACACCGACUGCAGUGGCAGAAAGCACAGCUGGAACGAGCCUCUCCUGCCAUGCUCACAGAAUAUGAAAACGUGCUGCAACGCUUCGUUCAAGGACUUUCUGAGUCUGUGAAAAAAUACUCCAGCCAAGGAAACCGG